AUGGCGCCCACGGCCCGUGAUCAUGGAGAAAAGGAGAGCACCUACGGAUUCGUGUUCGGUGUCUCCGGCCCUGUCGUAACUGCCGAGAAGAUGGCCGGAUCGGCUAUGUACGAGCUGGUGCGUGUCGGGCACGGCGAGCUGGUCGGAGAGAUCAUCCGUCUCGAGGGUGACUAUGCCACCAUCCAAGUAUACGAGGAGACUUCCGCUGUCACCAUCGGAGAUCCCGUGCUCCGUACCGGCAAGCCGCUCUCCGUCGAGCUGGGCCCCGGCAUUAUGGGCUCCAUCUUUGACGGUAUCCAGCGUCCCCUGAAGGACAUUGCCGACCUCACCCAGUCCAUCUACAUCCCCAAGGGAGUCAACACCAACGCCCUGUCGCGCGAUGCUCGUUGGGACUUUGACGCCAGCAAGAAGAUGCACGUCGGCGCCCACGUCUCUGGAGGAGACAUCAUCGGAACCGUCAACGAAAAUCUGCUCAUCAAGCACAAGAUCAUGCUGCCCCCCACCGCAUGUGGAACCGUCACGUUUGCCGCCCCGUCUGGCCAGUACACCGUUACCGACGUGCUGCUCGAGAUCGAGUUCUCCGGCGAGAAGCAGCGAUUCACUAUGCUCCAGAUCUGGCCUGUGCGUAGCCCUCGCCCGGUCACCGAGAAGUUGGCCGCCAACAACCCGCUGCUCUGCGGACAGCGUGUGCUCGACGCCCUGUUCCCCUGUGUCCAGGGAGGAACCACCGCCAUCCCCGGCGCCUUCGGUUGCGGCAAGACUGUGAUCUCGCAGUCGCUGUCCAAGUACUCCAACUCCGACGCCAUCAUCUACGUCGGGUGCGGCGAGCGUGGAAACGAAAUGUCUGAAGUACUUCGUGAUUUCCCCGAACUGACCAUGGAGGUCGAAGGUGUCACCACAUCUAUCAUGAAGCGUACCGCCCUUGUCGCGAACACAUCGAACAUGCCUGUGGCCGCUCGUGAAGCCUCCAUCUACACUGGUAUUACCCUCGCCGAGUACUUCCGUGACAUGGGUCUGAACGUGGCCAUGAUGGCCGACUCGACGUCUCGAUGGGCCGAGGCGCUUCGUGAGAUCUCCGGUCGUCUCGGAGAAAUGCCUGCCGAUUCCGGAUACCCCGCCUACCUGGCCGCCCGUCUCGCCUCCUUCUACGAGCGUGCCGGCAAGGUCCGCUGCUUGGGAAGCCCCGAACGUGAUGGAUCCGUCACCAUUGUCGGAGCCGUAUCCCCGCCCGGUGGUGACUUCGCCGAUCCCGUCACGGCCGCCACCCUUGGUAUUGUACAGGUGUUCUGGGGUUUGGACAAGAAGCUCGCCCAGCGUAAGCACUUCCCCUCCAUCAACUGGCUCAUCUCCUACAGAAGGGAAAGUGGGGGGACUGGCCCG